UUUGAUUCCUCAAUGCCGCAACUCUUCUGUCUUAGCGGCUCUGGUUUUCACAAGUCACGAUUGGUGUCAGUACAAUAUAGAACCGGAAUCUGUGGGUGUUGGCUCUUAGCAGCAUGGGCAUCAAAGUAGCUGUUGGCUGCACUGUGUCAUUCAUCUUACUGGAUGUUGUCAUCACCACCGUCCUAUACACGCAUGGAUCAGACGUGAUUAUAUUUAAAACAGAUGCCCUGGACUUUAGCAUCUUCAAGUCAGCAUUGGACCUCUGGGGGAUGGUGCUGCUUCGAGGCUCCCUCCUCUUGGGAGCCUCCAUAGGGGUCUCAUGGAACAAGGAGGAUGGUCCACUGAGGGUCACUUCGCUCACCAACCUCAUUCUACUCGUCUGCCUGAUUGUCAUCAUAUAUGCCCUGUCCAAGCUGCUGAUACUGUCUGAGCUGGAGCCUCUGACUCAUCAGCCCUGGCUCCUCAGCCUGAUAUGCUGGACUUGUGCCUCCUCUCUGGGUGUAAUGCUACUCUGGAGGCUGCUGGAAAAGGAGUCCAACUCCGUGAGCAACAGCAGUGGAGGAAGACGAGUGGGCUCUGAGGACACAGAGAAGCUGCUGGGGACAGCUGGUGAGGAGGAACAGGAGGUGGGGUGUGAGAGGAACAAGAAGACGGAGGAGGAGGGAAACCCGGAGAAGAAGAAGACCAGUUCUGGGGCUACACUAGGACGUCUGCUAACUUAUUGCAGAAAGGAUGCUGGGCUGCUGUUUACGGCUGCCCUCUUUCUCCUCAUCUCGUCUGUGUGUGAUGCCUUCAUACCAUACUACUAUGGCAAGGCCAUAGACAGCAUUAUGGGUCACCAGAGCAAGGAGGACUUUGUUAAAUCUGUGAUCAUAGUGACAUUAUUGGCAAUAGCCAGUUCAUUUGCAGUGGGAUUGCGGGGAGGAGCUUUCACCCUGACAUUUGCUAGAUUAAACCUUCGGCUCAGGAACAAUCUCUUCAGAACUUUGAUGAGGCAGGAAAUUGCCUUUUUUGAUGAAAACCAUACAGGUGACAUCAUGUCACGUCUGUCAGCUGACACCACCCAAGUGAGUGACCUCAUCUCUGAGAAUAUCAACAUCUUCCUGAGUGGUGCCAUCAAGAGUGUUGGCGUCCUCGUCUUCAUGUUUGGGAUGUCAUGGAAGCUCACCCUGGUCACCUUAAUGGGAUUCCCUUUCAUUGCCCUCAUUUCUAACCUUUAUGGCAAAUACUACAAGUAAAAUAUCUCUCUCUCUCUCUCUCUCUCUCUCUCUCUCUCUCUCUCUCUCUUUGCUCUUGCACAGGCCAAUAAAGUUGCAGAAGAAACCUUUUCAGCCAUGAGGACAGUACGGAGCUUUGCCAAUGAGCGUGGAGAGGCCGAGUCCUACUACACCAAGCUCUUAAUCAUGUUCGAUCUCAACAAGAAACAAGCUCUGGCCUUUGCAUGCUACAUGUGGUCCAGUUGUAUGUCAGAGCUUGUUCUAGAGGUUGCUAUCCUCUAUUAUGUCUGCUACCUUGUAGGGACCAAUCAGAUGAGUAGCGGUUCCUUGAUAGCUUUUUUCAUUUACAUACUUGAGCUGGGAGAAAGUUUUCAGAACAUUGCAUCAGUGUACACAGGUCUCAUGCAGGGAGUUGGAGCUGCUGAGAAGGUGUUCGAGUAUCUGGACAGAAAACCCAAACACCCAGCUGAUGGCACAGAAGCUCCAGACACAUGCACUGGUCUGGUUGAAUUUAAAGACAUCACGUUUGCCUAUCCAACACGCCCUGAGAUUGAUGUUCUUAAGGGUGUGUCCUUCACCCUGCGGCCUGGAGAGGUCACAGCUCUUGUGGGACCUUCAGGCAGUGGGAAGAGCUCCUGUGUGAGUCUGCUUGAAAAUUUCUACCUUCCUCAGCACGGUCAGGUGCUGCUGGAUGGAAAGCCUGUACAGACUUUCCAGCACGACUACCUCCACUCCAAGCUAGCUCUUGUGGGCCAAGAGCCUGUGCUGUUUGCCCGGACGGUCCAGGAGAAUAUCACCUAUGGCCUGACUGAUGUCCCCACGGAUGCUGUAGUGCAGGCUGCCACCAAGGCUAACGCUCAUGACUUUAUCACCGCCCUCCCUGACAGCUAUGAGACAAAUGUUGGAGAGAAAGGCAUCCAGUUGUCAGGGGGGCAGAAACAAAGGGUAGCAAUUGCAAGAGCUCUCAUCCGCAACCCGCGUGUUCUUAUCCUGGAUGAGGCAACCAGCGCUCUGGAUGCAGAUAGUGAACACACUGUAUGUUCAGCAAUCAUGCAGGAGCACACAGUGUUGGUGAUCGCCCAUCGGCUCAGCACGGUGGAGAAGGCACACAACAUCAUAGUGAUCAACAAGGGCUGUGUGGCCGAACAGGGGUCUCACAGUCAGCUGAUGGGCAGUGGGGGGCUCUACUGCAAGCUGGUGCAGAGGCAGAUCCUGGGCAUCGAGACAGGGUCAGAGGUCCUCAACACAUCUGAAAGCUUCAGCGGGAAGUCUGAUGGACGGUGUCAAAAGAAAAGACGAAGCAGCAGCAGUAGCGGCUCUGAGUGCAGUGCUCGCUACUGAGAAUGAACUGCAGUGUGUGGACAUUGGAUUAGAUUGUUGCUCAAACCAUAUAUACUGUAUAAGCUACAUAUUUUGUGCAGCUAUUGAGUGGUUUACAUAAAAUUUAGACCACAGGAUCCUCAAAACCUCAAACUUUGAUACUGUAUAUUUUAAUGAGAAAGAUGUCAUUAAGAUGUCAGAAUCAGUUCAGGUGAAGGUCUGCCUAUGAGUCUAGUUAUACAUAUAGCUUAUGAUCAAGUUAUAUAGAGUUGAACAUAUCAGAAGGGGUUGGCAUUGACACUGGAGUUAAAACUUGAAUGAAUGUGCAAUGUGAUCACUAGCUGAUGUACUACAUAAGAUGGAGCAUCUUUAUAUGGAUUUUUGUUUUAUUCAAAUCUUCCUCAGGAUUUGUUUAUGCUUUUUAAUUGAUUUUACAGUGGCAGGUAUGGAAAAUGCUUGGUGUUUCUUAUCCAGGCUGUUCAGUUAUAUAAUUUCGUAACUGAUAAUUCCAGGGUUAAGCAGUGUAUUAACGACGAAGAAAUGAGAGGUGCCUUUGUCUGUGGACCUUCAUGCACUAUAGAGAUUUAUGAUUGUUAUUGGUUUAACUGUCUUGAAAAUGUAAAGACCAAAGCUGAAAUGCCCUAGAACAACCUGUGAUAUAUUAUUCAUGAUUAUAUUUAAUACAAUCUUAUUGCCACAAAAUGUUAUU